UAUAUUCAUUUCUCCUUCCCAAACAUCAAGAAAAAAAAUAAAAUCAGAAACAAAAACAAAAAUCUUCCUCUCUCUGAACUCGCCUUUGUUGGAACUUGGAAAUGCAAGCGUAAAGCGUAGUACAUGUCAAGGCUGGAGAACAAACACGCUGAGAGAGACUUUUUUUUUAACCAUAUUAGGGUUUGUAGUGGCUGAAUCUCUUUUCGAAGUACAAGAAUGCCGUUGACGAGGUAUCAGAUAAGGAAUGAGUUCAGUUUGGCGGAUCCGGAGCUGUACAAAGCUGCGGAUAGAGAUGAUCCUGAAGCACUUCUUGAAGGAGUCGCUAUGGCUGGCCUGGUCGGUGUCUUGCGCCAGCUCGGCGACCUUGCCGAGUUUGCUGCUGAGAUAUUCCAUGACUUACACGAAGAGGUGAUGGUGACUGCUGCAAGAGGCCAUGGGCUGAUGGUUCGUGUUCAACAGCUUGAGGUUGAAUUUCCUUCUAUUGAGAAGGCUUUUCUUUCCCAAACUAAUCAUUCAUUAUUCUUUACUAGUACAGGAACUGAGUGGCAUCCUAAUCUGCGUAUGGAACAGAAUCUGAUAACUCAUGGCGACUUACCUCGUUGUGUAAUGGACUCUUAUGAAGAAGGCCGUGGUCCACCACGGUUGUUUCUUCUAGACAAAUUUGAUAUUGCGGGGGCUGGGGCAUGUUUGAAGCGUUAUACUGAUCCAUCAUUCUUUAAAGUUGAAGCAGCAGUGGAAGCCCCGAGGGAAAAGAAAAUUCGCAAAGUGAAGAGGAAAGUAUCACGCUGGAGGAAUGGAGGAACUCCAGAAAUAGUAUCAACAUCACAUGCCAAACUGCAUCAGUUGUUUCUGGAAGAGAAGGUUGAGAAGGGCUACAGUGAUCCUGCACGUCUUGUGAAAUUGAAACAGAGGCAAUUAAAUGCAUCUCCUUUAGACUUAAAAUCUGGGAAAAGUUACAUGGAGAAAUUUUUGGAGACUUCUGAACACAAUGUUGUUCGUGAAAUUUCUGUUACUCCACUGGCCUUGAAACUGACAUCAGAUAAUUCUAGUGAAUCAGGCCUUGAAAUACAUGAUAUAAGUACAGUGAGUCCUGUGAAAAAAUCAACUCAAAGAAAGGAAAGCACACAUGACUCACAGGAGGUAGUACGGAAUCCAUCUAUAGAUGAGUUGUAUGGGGAGAUCAUUGAUAGACAAAUUGUGAAGAUGCAUGAACCAAGUGCUGAUGAUGAGACAGAUGCAAUUCCUUCUGAUCCUCAUAAAGUGACGGUUGAAAAGGAAAUAGCAAUUGAUAGAGAAGGCAAAAUGGACAGCACUCACAGCAGUGUAGAUAGGGAGAAUUCUGAUGAUAUGACCAGUGAGGUUGACAAUUACUCGGAUGCUCUUACUACCAUGGAGUCAGAAAUGGAAACAGACAAUGAAUAUAGAGCUAAAUCUGGUAUGGGCUUCUCGAAUGUCAAAAAACGUGGGAUGGAUUCUGGUAGGAAUGAGGAACAGCUGGAGUCCCAAGCUCAUUUUUCAGAUUCUCAAUCAAUUGGAAACUUUUCUGCAUCAGAUGAUGGUAACAGUUCAUUUAAGAAAGGAAGAUCUAGCCUUUCUUACUCUGAUAGCAAUUUGGCUGAAAAUACGAUAUCUGAUGGUGAAGGGUCAGCUAAAGUGUUUCCUUCUUCUGAAGCUUUCGUGGUUGAAAUUACAGAGACUACAUCAUCUCACGAUCUCAUGUUAUCAAAUGAUCUGAACGUUGAUGAAGAUAAUGUCUGUGAUCUUGGAGACGCCGCUUCUAGUUCCUGUCUUGUGGAUUCAAAACCUUCCCUUCUGCAGUUUGAUUCUGCAGCAAGUUCACAGCAACACAAAUUAGAUGAAACACCCUCUGAAAGUAUUAAACCUGUUUCUGAAUCAUCAUAUGAUGAAGAAAGUGAGACAAAAUUUGUUGAUUCUUCAGCAGUUGUCUCUGAUAUGCCUUCACAGACAAAAGAUGGUGCUGCUUUUACACUUUGUGCUGAGAGCGGUCCUGUGGAUAAUUUGGAUGAUGGAGAUCCAAAUGUCUCUUCUGAUGCUGCGUUGAAUUUGUCAAACAAUUCAGAUCUGACUCAUGAAAAGAAAAGCAGCGAUGAUUCUGCAGAUGACGGUUGUGCUGAAAGGUUGGUCAAUACUAAGGUUGAUUCACAUGAGUUAGUUAAUUCUCCUAGGGAGGAACAGGUCGCUUUCUCAGCCAUGCAAGAAGCAGAAUUAUGUUCUGAUUCUGCAUCAUUGCCUGCCAGUUCGAAUUUUGUGAAGCCUGAUGAUUUAGUUUCUGAAGUUAAUGAUACUUUCCCAGAAAGUGGAGCCUACCCAGAAACUUCAACUUCUAUGGUUGAUGCUUCACAGACUUCUAGCUCCAAAGAGCAGCAAGUAUCAAAUACUGGGGAUAAUAUGCCCUUUAUUGAACUUGACUCAACAGAGAAGGCAGCUUUGUAUUCUGAGGAAUCAAAUCUUGAAGAUAUUUCUAGGACUGCUGACACUGAGAAAGUAGGUGUAUUGACAUUUGAGGUUCCUGCUGUCAAAGAAGAUGAGGUCCCUCUUGAACUCACAUCUAAGAGCACAGAUUCUUCCGUCCUUGAGGAUCAUGAUGGCUUAGAUGAUGUGGUAGCUGAAAGCGUUAAAGCAGAAAACCUGGUUGUGCUUACUGUUGCUGUUGAUGAUGUGCCUACUACCGCCAGUGCUGAUGAUAAUGUUGACAAUGUUGUUUCUCUGCCACAAGAUUCAAUUUGUUCUCCAUCUAGUAAUCUUGAAAAUCUGCAAGAAUCUCCUUUUGGUGGUAAGGAUCCAGGUCAGGAAGGAUUGGAACUUAAUGAGCCAAUUUCUCCAGCAUGUGUUGAAGGAUCAGAGGCAGAAAAGGAAAUGAGUCAACUGGAUGUUGAGCCUGAAAAUUUUGACUCCACAUCCUGCAAGUUGGCCUCUGAUGAUAAUUCUUAUUUGAAAGUGGUGAAAGUGGUUGAUGAUGAUUCAUCUUUAGCUGAUUGCACCCAAAAUAAAGUGCCUGAAGCUGAUGCCGUCAUUGCACCAGCAUCGUCAGCAGUAAGUGACCAAGAGCUGGAAUUUCUCCGUCAGAAUCAUCUUCUAGAAGAGGCGGAAUGUGUCACAACUUCACUUGCUGGUCACCUCUCAGAUCCUGAAAUUUGUUUGCACCAGUCUCCGGCUCUGCAAGCUGAUCAAUUUGAUGUGGAAUUGUCAAAAGCAGAAGAAGCAAGUUCUAGUUCAUCUCAACAUCAGUCUGAACUAAUACAGUCUUCAAAUCUCACUGAUCAUGGAAGACUCUCUAAUGAUGCUUCUGAAUCUUGUCAAGAAGAACUUCCAAGCGAGCUGUCACCUUCUGAUGAUUUAGCACAAUCAGCUGGCCAGGAAAUUAACAGUGUUGAACAAACAAUGGAUCCAUUAGGUUCUUUCCCUCCAAGCUUUGGCCUUCUCCAUGAGGCAAAUCAAGUCAAUAUGGAGGAGAUUCCACCUUUGCCACCUCUGCCACCAAUGCAGUGGAGGUUAGGGAAGAUUCAAGAUGCUCCACUAAUUUCACAGCAAGAACCCGUUGGUCAUAGUCACGAGUCAUUCCCAUCGAUUCUGCCAUUUAAAGACGAUGAGAAAGCUCAAUUUGGUUUUCCAGAUCAACAGAGAGGCACUGUGCAGUCUGGGAAUCCAUUUCUGCCCCUCACUGCUCUUGGAAUUGAGGAUUUACACGUGUCUGAACAAGAAGUGGGUGAUACAGGGCAGCCUACUACAUCAUUGCAAAUGCCAACUAAGAUUAACGACGCAAAUAAUAAAGAGAUCAGCGUUGUUUUAGAGGAAACUCAAUCCCUGAACCCAUUCUUAACAUCAUCACUAUUACCUAAUGAGGAGCCUGAAGAUGGUUUCCUUGCUUCAGGGGGUGAAGUAGUUCAAUCAAGUUCAAACCCAUUCUUAUCAGAACCAGCUGAUAGACACACUGCUUCUGAUAAUGAACCUGUAUUUUCUCAGGGGAAACUAAUCUACCCUCAGAAUCAGCCAAUACCAGAAACAGGUUUAGAGAAUAACUCGCAUCAAUCCACAUCACAAAACUCAGAAGGUGGACAUGAUAAUACUUCUAAUACGUUAGUGCUGCCACCUAGAAAGGUUGAAGAGCAGCCUCAGCAUAGUUUGCCUACUUCAGAGGGAGAAUCAGCUUGGUCAUCCAAUCCAUUUGUUUUCUUACCAACCUCCGAAGUUGGAAAUGCAAACGGAAGUUCAGUAGUUAAGCUUCCCCGUCCUCGGAAUCCUUUAAUUGAUGAUGUUGCUGCUCUUGACAAAAGCAAGUUGAGAAAGGUUACUGAGCGGGUUCGGCCGCAAAAUGGACCAAAGUUAGAUGAAAGAGACUCCCUCUUACAACAAAUACGAACCAAGUCCUUCAAUUUGAAGCCUGCAGUGUCGUCAAGACCCAGCAUUCAGUUUCCUAAGACUAACUUGAAGGUUGCUGCCAUCUUGGAGAAAGCAAAUGCAAUUCGCCAGGCCACGGCUGGAAGUGAUGAAGAUGAUGAAGAUAAUUGGAGUGAUUCUUGAAAGAUUCUCCCUGACAAAGCGCUUCACUAUAAUGGUUACAUCCCGAGAAUAGUUGAGAACAUUUUGCUCUCCCUCAUAUAGUAAAUAGGAAUUCCUGUGACCUGGUGAAAAUUCUUUUCUUCUCAACCCUAAAUUCAUGUAUUAUGAUCCCCCUUCCCUCCCCAAUCUUUCACACACAUGUUGAUGUAUAUGUUGUUACAUGGCUCUGUUAUAUCUACAAAAGUCCGGUGUGAAAUGUCAGGUGCGUUACAAGAAUGACCUUCCGGCACUCAGCGUGCAAGCGCUGUACCAAUCAUUUUUCUUUUACGUUGUUACUUAAGAUCUUAGGUGGUGUAAAUUGUGUUGGGUGGUAUAAAUUUUGAUUAGCAGUGUAUUUUGCAAUUUUUUUUAUUCUUGUAUGCAUUGUUCUUUCUAUGCAUAUAUAUUAUUUCUAGCCUUUUUAUGCAGUUUCUGGCUCUUAUGAGUGGCUGCUUCUUUGUAUGUAAUACAAUUGUAAUAGUAUGUAUGGUGUCCUUCAGAAAUACAAAAUUGUUACCACGCUUGAUUCUA